GUCGACUAGUCGGUAAGACGGUAACAAAUUCUUCAAAUCUUCAGUAUACAUCGGGGUUUUGUUAGGGAGGGUCGUGAAAAUGACCGGAGUGGAUGAAAUAUUAAAUUAUCAACGAAGUCCCGAUGAUGAUUUCUACGGUUUGCUCGGAUGUGAUGAAAAUUCAACUGUUGAACAAAUAACUGCUGAAUACAAAGUCUUGGCUUUGCAAUAUCACCCAGACAAAAAUGAUGGCGAUAAAGACGCAGAAGCAAAGUUUCAGAAACUAAAGGAAGCCAAGGAAACACUUUGUGAUCCAGCUAAGCGAGCUCUGUAUGACAAAUGGAGACGAAGUGGUAUAUCAAUGGGCUAUAAACAGUGGCUCGGUAUGAAGGAACAUAUUCAGCAGUCCAUGCACUGGUCCAAACCGAAUACAAAGGAUCGCAUGCUAGAAGAUGAAUCGGCACGCUCUUCUGGACCUUCAAGCUUGGGCCAUAGUAAUGCAGCGGCCCGACGAGCUUCUGAGGGUGGCGCUGCUCUGUGGGGACGCUGGGGUGGUGGCAAUCAAGAGCCUCCAUCUGAAGUCAUUUCAAAAUUCCGUAAUUAUGAGAUUUAAAUCUCUGGUUAUGAUUUUUUUUUAAUUUGUUUAUAUUUUUGAAGCAAGAGGUCAUUGUGUCCAAAUCUCUUGAUUUCUUUUGCAAAGUGAAUAAUUUGUUUUUAAAGUUACCAUGUUUUCCUAUAAAUUCUUGCCUCAUAUUUAAAAAUGUUUGUCUUAGAAAUUAGUAUAAAAUUUAGCCUUUAAGGACACGAUAUUCAUCAAGUCAGCUCAUGGAUAAAAUUUGCUCGAAUGUCACUCGGUGUCUAUAUGUUCAAUGUUUAAUGUUCAAAAGAUUUAAGUGUUUCGCUAUACAUUGGUGUUAGAUACCUCUCCCUAAGGAGGAUUAGUUUUAAACACUAGUAGUCUGCCCCUAGCUUUAAGCUGUGCACAUUCCUAAAACUUAUGAGUCUGAUUAUAACAUUUCUGCUGUAGUAUGAUAUAUAAGGUUUCUAAGAAUCUCUUAUAUUUUGAAGAGUUAUAUUUUUGAUCCUCUUUAGGACUAUAUUUAUCUUACUGUAAGUAUUACACUACCUACUGUAUUAAAGGGAGGCGGAUAUUGUGGAAAUGUUGUGACUUAGUACAGGGUAUCGUUGACAGAAAGGACAGAUUUUAUUUCUAUUUUUUUUUCUGUAACCUUAACAAAUUUAAAAUAGACAUAUUUUUAUUAAUUUUUAUCUUCUACUUACAUAUUGUUCCAAUAAUAAUUGUUAGGUAUAAGUAGAGAUAAUAUGUGUUAAAUGUUUUUAUCAGUAUUUACUCUUUAUUGAAUGUUUCUUAAAUAUAUUUAAAUGUUUUAUUCGUAGAUAAGUAGAUUUUAAAAUCAAAUGUUUUCAAUCUAAAUGAAUCUCUAACAAAAAUUGUAUAAGUGAUUAUUUUUGAUGUAAAUUCUAAAUGGAACAAUAAAUUAUACCAAAAGAAAAA